AUGGCGCCAUAAUGAUUAUUCGGGUUAUUCGUAAACAUCUUGACCGUCAUUUCAUCACAUGUGAUUUGAAUAUUAUUUUGUUAUUUGUUAUAUCAUCGAAAUUUUAUUGUUAACCAGAAAAAAAUGUCCAAUAAUCAACAAUCAUCAAAAAUGAAAAACGAACCACCGAUUGAUGAAUUACAGCAAACCUUCAUACGUAAAGCACAAAUGAUGCAACAACAAAAACUAGGCAAAGUGAAUGCUAUUCGAAUGCGAAAUCGUUUAUCCGGUGCAUUUAUGGCUGCCGUUGUUGGUUCUAUUUAUUUAUAUACGAUAAUGACCGUAAAACAGGAAAAAUUUCUCGAUGAACUUGAGGAACCGACCGAUAAUGUUAAAAAAUAAUUCAACAAGAAAUUCGAUUCGACCUGUAUAAUUUCCUUAAUAAUUAGCUUUGUUUAUUUGUAACUUUUUCAAAGAAAAAAAUCAAUAAUGUAUAAAAAAACGACAUUUUUUUA